AGAAACAUUUUGGCCUGAUUUUUCUCUCCUCUUUUUCUUACUCAUGUCUUUCUCUCUUACUAUGUAAUGUUUCUACAAGUAUCUUCCAAUUUUGUUAGUUAUAUAUGUAAUAGCUUAUUGAGGACAUGUAGAAAGCAAAGGAAGAGAUGGAAAAACUGAAAGGGGAGGCACAAGCCAACAAGGAUCACAUGCUAAAGUAUAAAGAAAUAACACAAGUGAAUGAAGUUGCAUUGAAGCAAAUUGAAUCUGCUCAUGAAAAAUUCAAGGCUGAGGCUAACAAGCUAAGGAAGUCACUGGAGGAUGAAAUUUACUUUCUCAAGGGAAGGGUUUCAGAACUUGAAAGUGAUCUUGUGUCAAAGUCCACAAAAGUUACAUCUACAGUUUCAGGGAAAGAAAAAGCUCUAUCUUCUUAUGAUAGGUUGAGCAAAGUAGUGAUAUCUACUGCUACGGAUGUGAUCUAUAGUCGUAGGUAUGUUUCACUAUAG